AUGGCCGGGCUCACAGAUCUCGCAUCGAUCAAGCGUCAACUCCAGAUCAAGACGGGUGUGGUCAAACGGCUGGCAAAGGAGGAGUCGUCGUAUCUGGUAGAGGCCAAGCAACAAGAAGAGCGCAUUCAAAAAUUUGUCGAUGAGGGACGAGACGAGUACGAUGUGAAGCAGCAGCGCUCGGUGCUGACAGACACGCUCAAGAUGCUCCCCGACUGCCGCAAGCGGUUGCAGCUGGCAGCCGACGAUCUAGUCAACUACCUCGAAGGCGUGCAAGACGACGCGGAAGUGCAAAACAGUCUCGAGUACUCAACCGCCAAGCAGCUGCUCUCCGACACCCAGGCGCAGCUCGACUCUCCGCUGCCUGCCGUAUAA